UCCGCUUUCCCCCAAAUCCCAUUCUGCUGCUCCUUCUCUAAUCACCAAACCCUACCAAGCCACUGCUAUGGUAGACGGUAGCGGCAGGCGGAUGAGUGAGAGGAAGAGGAAGAGGCAGAGGGCAGUUUUCUAAUUUCGGUCUUGAGAGAGAGAUUUUGGGUUUCUAUAUCUGGGGGUUUGACCAAUUGAGGGAUGGAGAUGGAGAAAGAGUCGGCGAAGAGGUGAAGAAGGGGGCGGCGACGCGGCAGCCUUGGAAGAGCGGCUGCGGCUGCAGCUGUUCAUGGCGACAGAGGAGAUGGAGACAGAGAGAGUCGGGCGAGAUGUUGAGAGGGAGAGUCGGCAGAUGCAGAUGAUGGUGGGGGUGAAGAACCGCUGGCGAAGCGCCGCCGGUCUUGCUGGAGGUGGUCGGCGGCUUGGGAGAGAGAAAAAGGAUUUCUGUGAGAUUUGAGAGAGAGAGAGAGAGAAAGAAAGAGAAACGCUGGAUGUGGUCAGCCCUAGCUCGAGUUCAAUUCAGUUCCUGUCGUCUUAACACUCUUGCUCCUUCGGAUUCAGCAUGCCGCUCCACUCUUACUUCAACUCGUCGAACAGCUACAAUGCGGAUUUCAUCAUCGAAUUGACUUGUAGAGAGCAGAGUUUACAGGGUAAAAUCGUCAAAUCAGAGUCGCAAAAUCCUUGUGCGUCAUCUCUCCGCAAUUCUAAUUCUUCCGAGUGUGCUAGACAAAGGUUUGCACUUGGUCUUGCAAUGUUAGUUGGCAUGGUUCAUAGCAUUAAAUUAGAGUCCUUGUUAAAGCUAAUUACAACUUUGCUGGAGGUCUCUUCUUCCAUGAAAGGGGUCAGGAGGUUAAAGACUGCUUACUAGGCCGUUUAUUUGCAUAUGGAGCUCUUACAAGAUCGGGAAAGCUUACUGAAGAAUGGAUAUCAGAUAAUAGUAGUGCACUCAUCAAAGAAUUUAACAAAUGUCUUAUUGAUCUUGCAGCUAAGAAACAGUACUUACAAGAGCCUGUUGUUGCUGUUUUAUUGGAGAUAGUGGGAAAGGUAAUCUGUCGUAUUACUUACAGCACAUUAUUAUUUUAUCAUCAUCCUGUGAAGUGGAAUAUUUUUAGCAUACAGUUAACUUGAUAUGCAUUCUGGUGAUCAUGAGGACUAAGUCAAAGACUUUCAGGUUUUUUUUUCCUUUUAAGUUAUCCUUAAGAUUUAUUCUUCUGUAAUUACUCUAUUAGUCUAUUAGAUCAUGCUGGGACAUAACUCGCAUAUUCUUCACAAAUUUAUAUGUAACCAGUUUAUGUAUUAGUUAUAAGCUUUCCUGUGUAUCAUAUCUUCGUAUGAUUGUUCAAUUAUUGGUUUCCUAUCCUUGACUAGAUAUUGUCCUAUAUUUUUGUCAUGGUUUAGUUGCCUGAAGGUACUACUCGUAUUUGUUCUCUUAAAUUUUUUUUAUCACUGAUUAAGUGAUAUUAUUUCAAGUUUUUGCUGAUCUACAUGUCUUGAAUAUUGCAGGAGUCUACCUUCUGUCAGCCACGAGUACAUAGUGUAUGGCCUGUUUUGGUUAGUCAUGCAAGAUGUUGAUUCAGCAUCAAGUAUAAUUUCGAGCAAGAAGCACAAAAGAAGUCGUAAGAGUACCCAUCCAAGUCAAAGUAUCACGAGGUAGCUCAGCUUUACAAGGGCAAAGACUUGAGUUUUUUUUGGUUUGUGGUAGUUUUUUUGUCAUUUUUGUUUUCUUUUGACUUUAUAUAGAACUAUUGUACUUAGCAUUUUGAUUAUCUUCGGAUGAUAAUUUUAAUACAAUGUUUGGAUGAUUAAUUAUUUAUAUAAUAUAUGUUUCGAAUUGUAGUAUUUGUUGUAUUUGAGGAUAUUGUAUAA